UUAACACACACACACACACACACACACACACACACACACACACACACACACAUACACACACACACACACACACACACACGCACACGCACGCACACACACCCAGGUGUGUCUGCUGCCGUGGCCUCCCUCCAGAGGUAUGGAAAUGAGCACUGAGAUUUGUGCUUUCUAACCGCUGAAUAGGUUGGGGGGGCUGGUUAGAAGACACACACGCAGGAGGAACACAGUGAAGAGUGAGGCACAGAUCAGCUGUGAAUACAGUGUGAGGUGAGGUGGUUGCAAGGUUUAAGGUGAUGUCCUGGAGUAGAUGCAGUUCCAAUUAGAGUUAGAGUCAAGUUAAAGUUUGAGUUAAGAUUGUAAGUAAAGCUACGUAAGUAGUUAUAUUGGUUCAAAGGAGGCUCAAGUAAAGAAAAUCAAGGAUGCCACGUUCAUUUCUGGUGAGGAGGAAGAGGGAAGCGGGCGGUGUAUGGACAUGGGGAGAUGAUGAAAACUCCUCCUGGAUCAAUCACAUCAGUGCAGCAGUUGCAGUAAAGGCACCUGGCAUUGUCAGUCUGCAGUCAGUGCCGGGCAGCGUUCCUUCUGAGCCGAUAAACACAUCUAGCAGUGCUGACCUAGAGUCAGCAUAUGCGUCCAGCAGUACUGAAUCAAGAACAACGAGUCCUGAACACUGUCUCUCUCAGCAGCCCUCUCAGAGUCUCUUUCAGCCAAUUUCUCCCUCCGAUCCAGCUUCAACCACAAGAGCCAAGGUUUCUGCCCCCAGCUCUGGAGACUUCCAGUGUCCUGUUUGCCAUAAAAUUUUCCCACUCCAGCGCAUGUUGACGCGACACCUGAAGUGCCACAGCCUUAUCAAGAGGCACCCAUGCAGGUACUGCGGCAAAGGCUUCAACGACACCUUUGACCUGAAGAGGCACAUGCGCACACACACAGGUAUCCGGCCCUACAGGUGUGAGCUGUGUGAGAAGGCUUUCACACAGCGCUGCUCGCUGGAGUCUCACCUGCGCAAGAUCCAUGGUGUGAGGCAGCAGUACGCGUACCGGCAGCGCCGCUCCAAGAUCUUUGUGUGUGAGGAUUGCGGCUUCACUUCCAGUCGGCCUGACGAGUACUUCAUGCACGUGCGUCAGAGGCAUCCGGACAGUCCAGCACUGCGAAGAUACUACCGUAAACACAUGCAGGAGACGCCCACUCAGCCCCGCAUCUCACCCUUCAUGCUCUACCCGACAACAGCGUUCUACAUGUGAAACCAAACGCACUGUUUCUCUGAGCCUCUGCUACCACUGCAUACAUGAUAACAGGAGCAGGCAGCUUCAUGUAGGCCCACUAUCAUAAUGUUAUACAAAUAGACAAUAUGGCCAAAGGUUUAUGAACACCACAACCACAUGUGCUUUUUGAACACCCCAUUCCACAUUUUGUCCCCUUUGCCAUUAUAAUAACUUCCACUCUUCUGGGAAAGUUUUCCACUAGAUUUUGGAGGGGAAUUUGUGCUCAGUCUGCCACAAGAGCAUUAGUGUGGUCAGGCAUUGAUGCCGGGCGAAAAGGCCUGGCACACAGUCAUCAUUCCAGUUCAUCCCAAAGAUGUUCAGUGGGGUUGAGGUCAGGGCUCUGUGCAGGCUACUCAAGUUCUUCCACUCCAACCUUGACAUUCAUGUCUUCCAUGUCUUCAUGUCAUGCUGGAACAGGUUUAGGCCUCUUAGUUCCAGCGAAGGGAAAGUGUAAUGCUAUAGCUUACAAAAGCAUCCUAUACAACUGCACACUUCUAACUUUGUGGCAACAGUUUGGGGAAGAACCAUAUAUGGGUGUGAUGUUCAGGUGUCCACAAACAUUUGGCCAUAUAGUGUAUGUGAAGGUGGACAGUGUAUAGUGUAUCAGAUCUUGUAACUGUUUUUUCCAUCUUUAAAACAUUUCAUUCUCUUACUUUUUAAUAUGUCGUGUUCAUUAUGUCUGUACAGUUAAUAUAAACUAUACCUUGGUUAAUAUUUU